AUGAGAUUGAAUGGCAUCGCCGGAUAUGCAAUCGCCAGCGUGAUUUUGGCAACUGGUGCCUCGGCUGCCCAGAUCACAAAAGGCCUGUCAAAAAAUGCGCAAGAUCUUUUCGACUGGUCUAUGUAUGUGAACGACAAGCACUGGGAUGACUCGUACAAAUACAUAUCGUAUCCCGACAAGGGUCCCUGGUCAACCCGCUUCACGGCAUGGUAUGCUGCAGGUCUGCUGUACAGGAAUAAGGGACGAGAUGUGUCCAAUGCCAAAGCUGCCAUUGAAAAUAUUCUCACGUGCCAGAUGACCGAAAGCUAUGAGUCGGCUUGGUAUGGCACCUUCAAGCUUUCACCAGACGAGCCAUAUCCAACACCAGACUCAGAGCUGUACCCGCCAGAGAUAUACGCGACCUAUGACCCAAAUUGGAGAGAAUUUAUUGGAACCCAGUUUGUGCAGAUUGUCGAAGAGUUUGCUCAUUUGCUAGGAAAAGGCCUGGUCUCUCGUAUUGAGGACAGCUUGGAAAUCGCAGCUGUUGGUUCUAUGCGGCGCAAUGGUACAUACCCGGAGGGUGACAACCUAACGCCAGCCUAUACAAACCCAGCCGUCAUGCGCGCGUGGUACGUAUCUUGGAUUGGCGAGCGCCGCAACAACCAGGACAUUCAGGCUUUUAUCGACUAUGCAAACACCCAGGGUGACCUCAUUUUGGAUUUAUUCAAGUCCACCGGCGAUAACGUGGUUUCUGAAUACAAUGCCCCGACUUACUACGGAAUGGAUACCUGGGCACUUGCGGGUGCUAUGAAAUAUGGAUCACCAAAAGCCACGAUGACCAAGAACGCCAAGGUCAUUUUGAAAGACAUGUGGGCUGAUAUCGCAGCUCACUACAACCCGUAUCUGGCAAAUAUGGUGGGACCGUACGAUAGAGCCUACACACGCGAUCUAGUGAGCAACUCAGCUGUCAUCGACUACUUCUGGUGGGGCCUGUACGGCUACGGGGUUGGGCCACAGCCCAACAAGCUCGAGGGAGACUUAUUGUUUGAUGUCACACAGGGCGCAGCAUUGGCCCUUAUCAUGGAUGCGGUUGCGGAUCACAUCUCCAAAGAAGAUGCAGUGUGGCUUCGGAGCCAGAAACAUUGGGACGGAGAGCGUAUGAUUACCAAGAAGGUAGCUGAUGCCCUCGGUGCCGAUGCUGAGGUUCGAGUUGUCACAUCGUGGAUGAGCGCUCCACUCAUGAUCGGUGCACAACAAGUCAAUGAGACUACCAACCGCGGUAAACAGUACGUCCCGGCCAUUGUUCAAUGGGCUGGUGACAAGAACCGUACGCCACACCCGUACAUGACUUUCUUCAGUCUCUACCCGACGGCAUCGACUAUUGAUGCUGUCGCGGGACUGAAUAGUCUAGAGAUCUCGUACCCAAACACUACUCAGGAUGGCACAGAUAUAUUCACAUUUGUUCUCACGCAACUACCACCAAGCUGGACACUUACUAAGAAAAAGGUUGUUAGUGGCCUUGAAAAUCUGCCUUGUCUAGAGGCUACUAUCACUGCUGAGGGGUUAGAAAAGCAGCCGGUCAUCUAUGGCUCCUCUCUUAUAGACAAUCGGGUCUAUAACAUAUCUUAUGUUGUGCCUUCUGGUUUCAUUGGCGUGCCUAGGGUUUCGUUCAAAUUUGACUACACCUGUUGA